UGCACAGCCAGCAGAGUGCGAGAGAAGGGUUUGAAAGUCAAAGUAGGGUCUAGAUUUUCUACGGAUCGGACGGGAAAAUAUCAUCAAUGGACAGCAAAGAAUCAAGCUCUAAAAUUGGAAGUAGACAAUCAGGGGAUGGAAUGGAAGAUUCUAAUAGGAACGAACCUAAAUUUGUCCAGCCAACAAAGACGGCAGUUGAACAUAAUGAAGAGCUAAAAUUAAAAGCAAAAUACCCAGGUCUUAAGACAGGGGGAGGUGCAGGGUCUGCUCUUUUACAAAAGAGACUCCAUAAAGGAGGACAAAAGUAUUUUGAUUCCGGUGACUACAACAUGGCUCGUGCAAAGCUGAAGAACCAGAAGAAACCAUUGAAUUCCUCAGAGAAGCUGCUUUUGCAGGAGUCCAUUGGAGACACCAUUCCAACCCCAGAAAACCUGCCUGCUGUAAGGAAACCUUCCCUAGUACAGAGUAAACUGGCGACAGGCACGCUGACAUAAUCAACACAGGGCUCAUCUACUAAAACAUGAAGGAUACAGCUGUGGCACAGAUGGAAAGGAACACUUUCAUGGGACUCUACUCUUCUCUGCGACUGCAUCCUUUUUAUAUCACAGUGGCCAAUUUACGAUGUAGACUGCAAAAUAUAAGUGUAUAUAAUUGUGACUGAUACUGUUGUGAGCUACUGAGGUCUGGAUUGGAGGGCAUCUGUAGGGAAAUGUGCUGUAAGUACCUGUGGUAAGGACACACACGAUGGAUUCCGUGAAACACUGCAGCAUUUGAUGACAGGACAUUUUUGAAGGGGAUUGAAAGAAUUAUUCACGCAAAUCUCUUUUUUUUUUUUUCUUAUCUUUUUCACUCAGUUAAUACACUGUUCAUGUAGUAUCAUUUAACACUAAUGUAUACAAUUUUGCUUUCACUUUAUUUAAAGUAUAUACAAAAAUCAUUGCUUGGGUGAAACAUUUUGCUCCAUGUUCAGUAAAUUUACUCAGUCAUAAAUAGUCUGGUUCACUUGACCACCUGUUUAUCAGCGCUUCAUACUUGUUUGGUUUUCCUGAGGUAUAUGAGAACGUUUGUUAAUUGGUAAAGGGAGAUAAUUCCUAUAGGGUGCAAGCCAAGGGUUGGCAUAUUGCAGUAAUUUGUGUACAGACUUUCUCUUUUAUUAGUUGCCACCUUCUAGGCUGCGGUGUUCAGCUUAUAGCUGUACUCUGGAGUACCUUGCUUUGAACAUUUUGUUGAUGAUUUCAGAUUCAAAUUUUUAGGAAAGCUUUAUUAAUUGAGGCUACAACAUUAAUUAGGGCUACAUGUAUGUUGUGAAGCAUGUAAAUUGUUGACAAACAGUGCUAGAAAUGUCUCAAGUUGGUAUUAUGAUAUGGCUAUUGUUGUGAAUUUUUUCCUCAGCAAGAUUGAAGCUUCUACUAUUUUACAGUUGAACUUUUGACAUUAUGGCUAGAUGUAUUCAUAUAUAUAUAUAUACGUGCACAUUUAAAUUGAUGGUAAUGCAUCUCAGAACAUAAACAUACCAGUGAUAAUCAGUGUCAGACGUGGCAAAACAUUUCCCCCCCCUGACACAUGAUGGUAAAAUGAUCAAGUUUCUCUCUGUUCUAUAAUGUGUUAGGCCAACAUAGAUACACACUGACUGGAUUUUCUGUUUAAUAGUUCACUGACAGAAACCAGAAGGAGAUUUGUACAGCACAUACCACUUGAACUGUCCAGAUCAUUUCACUUUGAGAACCCUCAGAACAGGCCAGUUGUAAAUAUUAACAUUCUGACUUCUCGUGGUGUAAAAAGGCUUUGGUAUAUUCCUCAGGGUAAUACACCUCGGUCUUUGCAAGACAUUUAACAGUAAACACAGUCACAAAGAGUAAGUGUAUGUAUGUUUGUUAGCACAGGUGUACACACUGACUGACACACUUGUUAUAUGAAUGUAAAGUCAGUGAUGUAGGUCUCAGAUAUAUUUCACAUGAAUUCACAAGAAACAAAGCCUGUUGGCAUGUAUCUUCCAAACUUCCCUCUUACUGAGAUUUAUGUAUUUUUCCCAGUUUGUCUGACUCGUGUAAAAUUGGUGUUUGUUUUUCAGUGUCUUCAUAAUAUGAAUAGACAUGGUUCAUAUAAAUGGUGUACUGUAGAUUUACAGUGUGCCUUGUAUUCAGGUCAGUGGUGGUAUGUUUUCACAGUGUACACAGUGACAGACUUGUUACUCUAAUUUGACAUCUCGCGCUAAGCUCUGUUGCUGGUAUAUGCAGGUCAAAUUUUUUGUGCUUCUUGAAAUGAAAGCGUGGCCACCUCAUCAUAACUGAAGGAUAUUUUGCUACUUAAGCUCAAUGGCUUUUCAAAAAUUGCAUCAGGAAGUCAGAAUUAUCCGCAAAAAAAUUCUAAUCUUUGGCAGUAUUUAAAAUGAGA